ACAAUCGGAAUUGCCUUUCGAGUAUGUAGAUAUAGUAAUGUACGACUAGGGCGUACAGCGCUCAUGAAAUAACCUUUCGCUAAACUAUGUAUUCCGGUGUUCAUGCCAACACAAUUGUUGGGUGAUGCUACGGUGGAGAACGACGUUAAUGUCAGUGAAAGGCGCCCGACUUUUUUUCUUCUUGUCUCCUGGGGAACCGGUUGCCAUGGGCGCUAUCGUGGUUUUCUUUGAACAAGGCCAGGCUGGCCAUACUCCGUCACCAAAAACAAGAGUCAAACAAUCAUUUCUUGCCUGCUACACGAGUCGUAGGCCGAAACUGGGCGAGUGCACGCAACCUGUUGCAGUCGUCUCGUCACAUCCCACUAACUAGGUACGUACAUCACACCGCUGUCAGGGAAAAGCAAACAACCUCGGCCUUUUCUGCAAGGUACACAACACGCACGCGUCUACCCCAUGUCGGCGCACAAGACCCUCGACGACGAUCUGCAACACCCACCACCUUCCGCCCAACGCGUAGCAUGGGCUGCAGGUGCUCGCAGGAGCGGCACAGCGGUCACUCGUCCGAUUGCUCGUUCCAGGCGUGAUGUGCACCAGCCUACAGUGGCGAACAAUGCCGCCGAACCCUUUCGCAACCUGCAAAGAAAGGAAAACCCCGUUAUCGACUCUGCGCCGAACACGUGCACAUCUGCUCACGAUGAACGCGCUGCGUCGUCUUCAAGCACCAUGCCCGUCUCCACUGUGACCGUGAUCUCGCAUCAUAGCGACACGACGAAACAGCCCGCAUUACUCGCUCCCACUCCGCGAUUCUUUGAUGCUUGGAACUCCUCGUCUACUGGUCAUCAGCGAGCAGAAAACCGUCUUUCAGGGUCUACGUCGUGGCGCCAGAGCCGUAACCUAAAACUUGGAGAGCAAUACAAGGGCGGAUUGACGGGAGGGAAAAGAGUGAGGGAUACCGUUGGUGCCGGCAGUGAGCAUUUCGGCAAAGAUGGAAGGAAGGAUAAUGGUGGUUGGCAAAAGGGCGCAAAAGGUUUGAGAGAUAGCACGCAGAGGAGUCUUGCAGAGUUAUGGGUUGGAGACGGAAAGAAUGACAAAACGAGCAAUGUGCCAAUCCCUCAGCAUCACCCGCUGGAAAAUACAUCGGCCGCAAAGGCAGAUCAAGAAUUCAAUUCGGACCUUUCAUGCAAAAUCUCUGAACAACCAAAACUCAUAUUUGACGGGCUUUGCUUCUAUCUCAAUGGAUCCACUGCACCCUUAAUUUCUGAUCACCGGUUGAAACACAUUGUAUCGUCCCAUGGUGGCACCCACUCCAUAUCGUUGUCGCGACGCACCGUAACGCAUGUUAUCUUAGGUGCAGCACGUGGCGGUGGUCUCUCUGCAAGUAAAAUGCAGAAAGAAAUUGCAAAGACAAAGAAAAAGGGCGUACGAUUCGUGACCGCGGAUUGGGUCCUUUCUUCCGUAGAGGCAAAUCGGCGUCUUCCAGAAGCACACUUCUCAUCUAUCCAUCUUGCCUCCAAAGCACAAACCAGCAUAUUUCAGAAGAUGGUCAAGAAGCCCAGUUCAUCAUAAGUCGCCCUGUUAUUCACACACAUAGAUAUUCAUACUAUCCAAACCAACAGACUGGCCAGAGAAGGUGUUCCGGAUCUAGUACUGCAAUCAUCAUGACUGGCUGCAUGCGAAGAAAUGACAAGAAUGCCACAACCCCGCCGGUGCAAAGUUUGUGUAUAUGGCCGAACAAAUGCUAUAUCAGCUGUUUGUAUUUUAAUCAAGGGGUGCUACUCCGGAAAGCUAGUAGUUCGUUCGACGGUAUCCGGAACCCUCACCCCCGCUCCCGCGGCACGACGAAAACACCCCGAACGAGUCACUCGACAUCAAGCCACAAGGCCGACCAUCAGUAUCCUGGAUAUCGUCAUGAUCUGCACAAGCUUGUGGAAUUGAGCCUGUGUGGUGGUCUCUGUAAGGGAUCCGCACUUCGGGAUCAAUUCUCAUGGGAUUACCCUCGCCAUUGGAGACUCCACUGUUCGUUUCCACCCCAAGAAACAGACAAUGAUUGGAGAUUAUUUCGAAUUUGCGC